AUGGUUAACAUUGUCCUCGUCCACGGAGCCUUUGUCGACGGAUCAUCCUGGUCUCACGUCAUUCCCUACCUCCAUGCCGCCGGUCACUACGUCAUCGCCGUCCAGCAGCCCCUCACUUCCAUCGAAGACGACGUCGCCAAGGUCAAGGUCGCUCUUGGAACCAUCAAGUCAGGCCCCAUCGUCCUUGUCGGCCACUCCUUCGGAGGUCUCGUCAUCUCCGAAGCCGCCCACAACAACCCCAGCGUCUCUGCCCUCGUCUAUGUUGCUGCCUUUGGGUUCGAUCAAGGUGAGAGUGCUGGCGAACUUGGCAAGAACUACGCGCCCCUUCCUUCAGCCCAACAAUUUGUCGCCGACAGUGCUGGACGUCUCGCUCUCCCCCAGGAUCAGUUCUUGAAGUACUUUUGCCCCGAUGUCGAAGAAAAGGAGGCCAAGAUCGUGGCUGCUUCCCAAGGUCCUUGUGAUGCUGUCCGCUUUGGUUACGUCGCGGGGCCCCCUGCCUGGAAGGAACACCCUUCGUAUUACAUUGUUGCCGAGAACGAUCAAAUCAUCCCACCCGAUAUGCUGGAAUUCUUUGCUGAACGUAUGAAGCCCAAGAAGACCAUCAGGAUCCCCUCCUCCCAUGCCGUCCCUGUCUCCCACGCCAAGAAGGUUGCCGACCUCAUCCUUGAGGCUGCUGAGGCUGUUUCCAAGUAA